GGAGCGGGGCUCCGGGGCCGACAGCGCCGGCAGCUCACCGCCCGCCCCUUCCCGUCCAUGGCGGGCGCGAUGGAGCGGGCGGCGGUGCUGCGCGUCAAGAGGAAGCGCGGCGGGACGGAGCCGGUCGAGGCGCUGCUUCUCGCCUGUAAGCGGCUGCGCACGGAGCACGGCGGUGGCGGCGGCGGUGGUGCCCAGCCGGUGGAGAGGAGCCUCUUCAAGCUGGUGGCGACCGUGUCCUCCAAGAAUGAACCAGUUCAGAAAUACGUUCAAGAAGUGAUCACUCGAGACAAAGCAGCUCGAAGUCUGCGACCCUCUUUAGGAAGCACUCAGCGAAUCAUUCAGGAACUCCGUUCUUCUAAGCAAGUGAAAAGGAAGGAAAACCGUUACCGUGUAAUAGCCAGCCAUCGACCUAACUGUACUGAAACAGUUGCACCUGUCAUAAAUGACAAGGGAUCGACUGAUGGUGACAGAUCAGACUCUGAAGGAACAGAAGAUGCUUCACAAAAGGAGAGCGAUGCUGUUGAUAAGAGUUUGGACUGCUCUGGGAAGUUCCAGUUGUUUGAUAUUGAGCAAGAAGAGGAGGUGGUGGGAGACUCCAGUGUAACUGCUGCAAACCAACAGCAGAAGACUGAUCCAGAUGUGAUUCUUUGCAAUGCAGUAGAGAUGAUCCGUGAGCGUUUAAAUGUUUCUGAAGACAGUAAAAAAAACCACUGUGAGAAAGAAGAUGAGUAUGUUUAUGACAUCUACUAUAUGGAAACAUCAGCCCCUGGCUGGAUCCAAAAUAUCCUUUCUGUACAGCCAUAUAGAGAAGAAUAUGAACUGGUAGAUGAUGAUCAUGUUCAUGGGGAAAUAUAUGAAGAUGAAGAUGAUGAAAAUGAUGAAAAUAACUGGCGUAAUGAUUAUCCUGAUGAAGAUGAAUUCUUACCUGAGGAAGACUGUGAUGGAGAAAAAGACUCUGAAGAGAGCCUCAGUGAUGAGGACCAAUGUUACAGGAGAAGAACAUGGAACAAAUACCGACAGGAGGUUAUAAAAGAAUUUGGAUAUGAUGAGAUCCAGGAUUUGGAUUCUGACUAACAGCCCUUUUUUUGAAGAUUAAAUGCAUAUUGAAGAUGAAAUUCUACCAUUACAGUAGACCUGAAAAUUUAGGCAGCUGCUGAUGGCUAUUCAUAAGAAUGUUGAAAUAAAAAUAAUACAAUAAAACCCCAAACAAAACAAAACCCACAAACACCCCCCACCCCCAGAAACCGACUUUCCAGUAAAAGUUGUGCUCAUUGGGACAGUAGGAAACCAGUCUUUACAUGGAUGAGCUUUAAGGUAAACUUCUCCCUGUCUAGCCUUCUGAAACUGCUGGUGACUAGCAUGGUCACCCCAGUGAUUACUGACUAGGCUUGCGUAUUAGGUAUUAGAUUGGGAUUCCAGUAAACACUAAAAGCUUUUACUGUCUAAGCAGCCAACUGCAGCUGGUAGAUAUUAAACAGAGAGGUGUGAAUAUGCAACUUGACAAUACAAGUUUUCGUUCCAAGCAAAAGAUACUAUAUGCUUUAAAAUAAUUUUUCUGCCUGUUCUCUGAUGCGAGGUUCUGAGGAAUUUUUAUUUUUUUUUAAAAACCGCAUGCCCAAGCAUUUGUACCUGUACUGACAGUACCUCCACAUUAUAUAUGGGGAAACUGCUGUGGAAGAUUUUUUUCUUUUUACAUUGUAAGUAUUCCACUAUUUAAUAGGAGAUUUAACUAGAUCUGUGCAAGUUGGAAUAUUGUAUAGGGAGUAACUUUUGUGAGGAUCCUUAAAUGCAGCAGCCCUUCUUGUCAUGACUGAUGUGUCAGGUUUCACAAGAAGAUGAACACGUCUGCCAUGAUGGCAAGUGGCAGCCCUCGACAAAGGCACUCUGUCCUAGUGCUUUCUACUGUAUUUGUUUUUAAGUUUCAAGUUACCUUCUUGUAAGUACUUGAGCAUAUGAAAUGCCUUGACCUGUCCAUUUUAUUGCUGGAUCUCCAGUAAUUCUACUAUCAGAGUAGAACAAUAUAUGUGCAUUUAAGUUGUAAAUAAAGAAUUUUUGACUAA